UUAACAAUAUCUGGCAACCUUCGCACCCGACACCGUCACAACAAGCGCAAAUGCUGCUGGGUGACUCGUCAUGGUGGACUGCAUCUAUAAGCAGCUUUUAAAGGGCACCGGGGAUGGACAGGUAGAUGUUUCGGUCUGACUGCGCUUUAAUUUGUUGUGGGGUUGCCAAGUGAUGCCGUAUUCAAGGAUCGUAAUCAUAUACUGAAAAAGAGGCAGGAUAAAGACAUUCCCCAGGGUUGAAACAGUUAGUUUGGGAUCAUCUCAGAAAACAUGGCAAUGUCUCUAACCCAAGCCUGCCGGAGUCUUGCCCUGUCUACAUGGCUGCUGUCGUUUUGCUUCGUGCAUUUGCUGUGUCUGGACUUCACAGUGGCAGAGAAGGAGGAAUGGUACACUGCCUUUGUCAACAUCACUUACCUGGAUCCUGUCACCUCUGAGAUGAAGACAGACAAGAGUGAAUGUGGCAGAUAUGGGGAGCACUCUCCUAAAAGAGACGCCAGGGGCUUUGUGUUUAUGCCAUCUCUUCUGCAGGACAGACAGGUGUGUGACAGUAACACUAAAUUCCCCCUUCCCCAUCCCAGCAUCCCAUGGAUAGCACUGAUAGCCAGAGGAAACAGCACCUACAGGGAGAAGAUCAGACAUGCUGCUGCUCUCAAUGCAUCCGCUGUGGUCAUUUUCAACGUGGGCUCCAGCAACUCCAAUGAGACCAUUACUAUGCGACAUCACGGUACCGGCGAUGUGGUGGCAAUCAUGAUUCCUGAGCCCAAAGGUCGUGAGAUCGUGGCCCUGCUGGAGAAGAACAUAACCGUGGCCAUGCACAUCACCAUCGGCACGCGCAACCUGCAGAAGUACGUCAGCCGCACCUCUGUGGUGUUCGUCUCCAUCUCCUUCAUCGUCCUGAUGAUCAUCUCUCUGGCCUGGCUGGUCUUCUACUACAUCCAGCGCUUCCGCUACGCAAACGCACGCGACCACAACCAGAGGCGAUUGGGCGAUGCUGCAAAAAAGGCCAUAAGCAAGUUACAAGUGCGGACCAUCAGGAAGGGUGACAAGGAAACCGAGUCGGACUUUGAUAACUGCGCUGUGUGUAUUGAAGACUACAAACCUAAUGAUGUUGUCAGGAUACUGCCGUGUCGUCAUGUCUUCCAUAAGAAUUGUGUAGACCCUUGGCUACAGGACCACAGAACCUGUCCCAUGUGCAAAAUGAACAUCCUAAAGGCCCUGGGCAUCCCGGUAAAACCCAAUACAGACUGUUCUGAUGACAGCCCUCCUGAUUAUGAGAUGUCUGUCAGCGGGCCGCCCACCAACCCUUUGACGGGCGCUAGUGAGGUCUCAGUGGGCGAGAGCUCGGUGGUCCUGGACCCAGCUGUCAGAACAAUAGGCCUGUCACACAUUUACCAUGAGAUGGAUGCCUUCCCGCAGGUUGGAGAGAGCCGCCACAUCGCCAGCAGUGAGCACCAGCCGUCCAUGAGCACUGAUUCAGACACCUCACUCAUCAUGCCAGUGGAGCUCGUCCUGUCCGACAUUGAACUGCAGUCCGAUCCAGAACAGGACGAUGUGAAGUCUUGAAGUGCCAUAAACAGAGCAGGACUGCAGCGGGACAAUAAAAGAACAUGAGCAAUAGCAGCACAGGUGUGCAACCUCCUUUUUUGACCUCAUGGUCUCAAUCGCCGCAAAAAAACAGCUUGCUUGUCCUCUUCCUCUGGCUGUAUUGCACUCAAUGUCUUCUGUCCCAAGCUUGUGUUACCAGACUGGAAAGCCACAUGGUCCUACAAAGGAUGUUUAAGGUUUUU